GAUCUAGUAAUGCAAUCCCAAACUCGCCUGGAGUUAUUUUAAAACUAGUCAACUCAGCCACUUUGGAAAACAAGGGGAGGGUUAAAAAAAAUGUUGGGAAAGUGGGACGUACCGCGACUUGGGAGAGCGAUGCAUUUCCUAAAAGGCAUUUCCGAGCAAAUGGCUUUUGAGUGAAUUGAGGGAUUGAAGGGGUUUACCAAAGUAAACGCAGUGAUUUUCACUGUUGGGGUGUGACUGUGGGUUACCAAGUCCCGCAGUCAACCUUUUACUGUCUGUCUGUCUCUCUCUCUCUUUUCUUGCCGGAUGUCACUGCCAGUGCUGUUGCCCACUUCUUGCUGCCCAGUGCAAGCCACCACACCGAGCGGGGAGGCACCGCUUCGGAACCGGGCUCGGUGUGUGUCAUGGCCCGGAGCGCUACACUCCAGCAGCAGCAGCAGCAGCAAUACGAGCCCGGCACGCCAGCCGCUGCACUGCCCGCUCUACGGCCGCUCCCUCUUCGCUCUGGGACUACUCCAGAUCGCUCUGGGUUUCUCCAUCGUGUCUCUCAGUUUCGGGGCUCUGUCCCUCACCGAGUCCCCCAACGUCAGGAACUCUUGUCCCUUCUGGGCCGGCUCCUCGGUAAUCCUUUCAGGAAUCCUAGGAUUAACCACGUGGAAAAGGCCAAUGCUAUUAUUGGUAAACCUUUUCAUCCUGCUGUCUGUUGUCUGUGUCCUGCUGAACUUGGCUGGAUUCGUUCUCUCGUGCCAGAGUGCUCAGUUUGUGUCUGGCAUCGUGGACUGUGAGCUGGUCAAGGUUAUUGAGGGCAACAGUUGUUUCUGCUGUGAAGACAGCCAGGCAGUGAAAUGUGGUGAGAAGAAGGAGACACUGAUAUUGUACCCGGUUCUAUCUGUCUCCUGCGACACUGUGAGACUUGUGCUUAAGGACUUGCUGUUUGCCAUAUGCGUGUUGAAUGCUUUGACCACCACAGUGUGCGUUGUAGCUGCUGCUUUACAGUAUCUCCAGAUAUUUGUUGGCCGACGACCACAAACGGUCGAAGCCCAGAUUCCCCAAGAAGAGUCUGAAGGAGCUCGCCAGUUACCUGACCCUGAUGAAUUUGUUCCACCCAUUCCCCCUCCUCCAUAUUUCUCCACUUUCUGUUCCUAUACUCCCAGGAUUAAUCCGCGGGUUCUUAGCAAUGAUGUAAUUCCCCUGACACAUAUCUAUGCAACCAGAAUGAAAGGAAUUGAAGUGUUUUGUCCUGUGGAACCUCCUCCCCCAUACGAGGCUGUGAUGAGCAAUCCGAACGAUGAGCAGGUUUCGAGCUUGCAAGCCGCUGCGGGGAUGGACGGAGCAUCUGAAAGAGCAACAUGUGCGACGUCAGAUGACAACAAUCCUCCGGGGGGCUCUGUCAGUGAUCCGCUGCAACUGUGCAUUGUGCAUCCACCCCGGAGCAGGACUUCUGAAACAGAAUGCAGCAAGUCGAGCAGGUCGGGUCUGAGGGGGUCAAACAGCGAUCCAUUGCUUCAAGAAUUAGUUAUAGAAGAAUUAGUGGUGAGCUGUGAAGCAGCGACGCAAACGGAUGAGAGGCCAGAUGUGCAGGUUGUGACUCUGCGCAGGGGUCACGGGUCGGGAACUCCCAGGUCAAGGCCCAGGUCACUGGUGGAUUACAGCAGCUACAGAGACACCAAGUUACUGGUCGCCAGCUUCUUGGAGCACUCCUCAUGCACUAUGACCCCAGAGGUGCAGGAACUAGUGGAAAAUAUUCGAUCCGUGUUGCAGUCUGAUGAGGAACACAUGGAGGAGGCAGUGGCAAGUGCCAACAUACUCGAUCAGAUGAGGAACGAAACAAGAUGUUCCAUUACCAUGAUGUCAAUGACUGUGAAACUAGCGAUGAUGGGAUACGAAACAACACUCUUAAAUAGACCUCAUGCUCACCUUAAUCAAAUGGAAACGUACCCAGAGAUAGUAGGAACUGCAGAUGCUGGAGAAUCUGAGAUAGCAAGAUGUGGAGCUGGAUGAAUACAGCAGGUCAAGCAGCAUCAGAGGAGCAGGAAGACUGACAUUUCGGGUCUAGACCCUCCUUCAGAAAAUGAACCCUGUGGUUUUAAGUACCUAACACUUACUGCCCAGUUUUGGCUAAACUUAUUCUCACAUUGAAUUGCUGCACAGAUUAAGAUUCGUAUUUUCUGCUUCUGUGGUGUGUGAAGUCUUGCUGUGAAAAGACACCUUGUACAAUUCAAAGUCACUUCUUCCACAGAAAUAUCAAUGUGGCUAACUAAAUGUGUCCUCAUCAAAUAGAAAUUUUAGACUAUAAAGUGCAGGCCGCCAAAUAAGGGCGCAGCACUGCAAACCUGGCAACUAUUGAUCCUGCAGCACUGUACAGGCAUUUAAACAUAUUUAAGUAAUGAAUUUAAGCGGAGUGCUGUCUUUUCUGUGUGAAAUCGAUGCUUUCAGAGUUAAAAGGAUGAAAGAAUGGCUAAAUCCUAGCCUUUUCUCCACUUGAGCGGCAGGAGUUUGCAAGUAAAAUUUGCUACACAGAAUUAUUUGCCCACAUCUACCAUGCUGGGAGUUAAGUAAUGAGAUUUUAGGCUGCAAACAUUGUUGCAGAAUGUGAAGGUAGGGUGCCUGAUGUAAAAAUAUUAUUCACAAUUAUCAUAUUUUUAAGUUAACCAGAAAAAACCUCUGUUCAAAACUAUUCUUACCGCCCUCAUUGCAAAACACAACAUUAGCUUAACCACAAUGUGCCAAUGUAGUUUCAAAUUAAUGUUGACAAACAGUAGCUACAGAUGAAGGAAUUAUGUAAACAUAGUUGAUGGGGGGGGGAUAUUUGCCUCUCUUUGCUGAUUUUUAUGCUUACAGAAAAAGAAAGUAGACCUGAGUAUAAAAUAGUGUUCCCCAUUUUAUAAUCUCAGCUAAAGAUUUGUUAAAAUUAACAAAGAUAAUUAUGUCCCAGAGCCUUUUAUUUGACAACUUGGAGUCAAUGGAAUGAUCUUAGCUUCACACAGUGUAUGGCUUUAAAAGUAUUGAAAUAGAAGAAAACAAAACCAAUUAAUAUUUUCAAAAUAACAACUACUUUAAACAACAAUGUAUGGGGAAUGUCUCAGGGAAGUAACCAUAAAUAAAUGAGGAAUGAUAGUGGGAAUGUUUGUUUCUUAAAAAAAUGUUAGCAAUGAAAAUUUGCAUGUUUGAGUCAUUCUUAUUAGAGCAAGUUUCAUAACUUUCUAAAUGCUCAUGGUCAGUUCUUUUAGGUUAAAUAAUGUUUCCUAAUGACAUCUUCAAUGGUGCUGAAAUGAUUACUGUGAAAGGUUCUCUCUUAAAUAACAUCAAACUUUAUAGGUGCCCAGUUAUUUUGUCUAUUUGUGGAUUACUGAGAAUUAGUCUGUGGGAAUAUAUUUAUGUUCAUUUCUAUAUAAACCACACAAAGCUGCAUCUCUGAAAGGCAUCAAAGAUUUUUCAACAGAUUUUUGUCAAACCAAGCAUGUUUAAAUAAAAAAUAUUGUAGUUUCUGACGCUGCAGGAGUGCAGCAAUGAAGCAAUGAUUAACACAGUCAAACCACACAGACAUAUCCACUUUGCACACUGGGUCAUUGUAACAGCCCUUUCAGAUGUAAACUGGUUGUUCUUGCGCAGUCAGCAGCCUGUACAUGGCAGCAGGCAUUGUUUUCAUGUGAAUCUAGGGCAAAAGAAAGGGAGAUUAGUACCACACUCUACAUAUCCAC